GUCAUUUUCGAACCCCGCUUUUCUCCAGAUUGUGUGAUUGAUAUUCACCAUUUAAGAUGAACAAGUGCAAAACAGCCACAAACCUUUCAAAACAGACUAAAGACUGUUUUCACCUAUUGUUACUUAUUAAAAGGGUCGUCAAUUUAUAACUAGUAUGUCCAGUAGAUGGCGGUAUGUCUAUUCGUUCUGAGUCAGAUGAGGAAGAACCAACGAAGAAGAAUAUAACAGCGCCUCUGUAAGCAUGGCGGCUUGCUAUGCUUGGUUUCUCGUGCUUGGCUCUGUUUUUCUCUGCAAUCUGAUGAAAACACUCUUGCCGAGCAUUUCCUCGUUUCUCUGCAAGAUGGUGCAAAAAGAUGCCGAGCAGGAGAACGAAAUGAGGGCUGAAAUCCACGCGAUGAAGAAGGAGCAAUCGUCAAUCAGCAUGAUGGAUGAGUUUGCUCGAUAUGCCCGAUUGGAGCGAAAAAUCAACAAGAUGACGAAUAAUCUGAAAACACACGUUAAAUCCAGGACUGCACAGCAAGCAAAAAUGAAAUGGGUUGUCAACAUUGUCUUCUACAUACUGCAGGCUGCUUUGAUGAUCUCUUUAAUAUGGAAGUAUUACUCUGACCCGGUGACUGUGGUUCCGAGUAAAUGGAUUGCCCCUGUGGAGCGUCUUGUUGCAUUCCCAACUGGAGUCAUAGGUGGAGUCGGGAUCACAUGCUGGUUGGUAGUGUGCAACAAAGUGGUCACGCUUGGUCUGUACGCCUUCAGUUAAAAAUGAAAAAAAACACGUUCACAACAUGUUUUUGAUCCACAUUCCAGCGCAUUUGGUUCUGGCUGUCUGGUUUUGUGCUACAUUUCUUUCGUGGUGUGGAGGUGUUUAGGAUAAUUUAAUUAUAUUUGUAUUUAUUUUUAAAUUAAUAAGAGUUGGGAAUGUCUGAAAUGUUUUUUUUUUAAUAAAACAUUUGGGAAAAACA